AUGGAAUCCAUAUUAGAUAUUCUCCGAGGAGGACAAAGAGCUCUCACUAUCAUUUCUAUUUCUAGAAUGCUUGGCCAAGGCAAGACCAUGUUAGCCAAAAGAAUUUUUGAUGAUCCUAAAGUUCGUGAGAACAAGGAUCAUGACAACUGGGAAAUCCAAGAUUUAACUAAUAAAUUGCAGAAAAGUUUAAAAGGAAUAAGAUAUUUCCUAGUAUUGGAUGACAUAUGGGAUGUUGAUACGUGGCGCAAAGUUCAAGAAUCAUUUCCAGAUGAUAGAAAUGGAAGUCGCAUCUUGUUUACAAGUCGAAAUUGUGAUCUUUCUUCACAAUCUAGAUUGAAUUCAAUCUCUUAUCCUCUUCACUUGUUUUCAGAUGAGGAAAGUUUGGAGUUGAUCAAAGAUAAGAUUUCCUGCAAUGAUGAUUUGCCUCCAGAACUUUUAAAGGUCGGAAAACAAAUUGCGAAAGCUGCAGAAGAUAAUUCGUUACAUGUGGUAGACUGUGGUGCCAUUCCCCGAGAGCAUAACCAUCACCAUCACCGUUGGCUUUGCAUUCGCGACAUUGGUCCAGAUUUCACCCGAUAUCCCAUCGAGUUCCACUAG